AACAACUUGUCGACGACGGCCAACACCAAAAAGCUGCGAACUAGUGUGGCGAAUUGUAACAAGCAGCCAGAUAAACAGGGUGGUAAACAGUACAGCUAUAAACCGAAUUUCCAACCUGCCCUUCCCAUUCGCGCCUACAUCAUCCGCAAUGAAAUCGAAAAUCGACCCGAGCGAACUGAUAAGAUAGCGACCUUAUCUUAAUGCGAAUCCGAUCUACGAUCGGGGGGGGUGUUGGUGCCGGUAGUGGCUGUCAUCGAUUUGCGGUGGAAAGGUGGUGCGCACACCUCGAUGAACAUAACGCUCUAGUAUCUGACAGCGAGCGGGCGGUUAGUCGUCGCGUUAGUGUAGACCAGUGCCGACGUACGUGAUACGGCGUCUACUAAGCAUUUGUCGUGAUCGGUACGAACCUGCCGCCCUUGGAGGGGCUUACGAGUGCAGUGACGUGGACAUAAUCAGCGAACUGCUUGGAAGGAAUUUUGUGUGCUUUGUGGACACUCCUAGUUGGUCGAGUGUCAUCCUUAUAGAAUUUGAACGGUGUAACGAGCUUUGAGCGGUCAGUGACAAUGACUCCACCACCGCCACCGCCUCCACCCACACCGGGGGCAACAGCUUCAAUUGCUCCAACAUCUCCCGACGGUCCAGCUGCCGGGGCAGUUUCACCGAAAGCAAUCGGUAACGGUGGAACUCCAGCGAUCGCCGACCAUAACGAUCAGCUGAUGGCAGCCAUUCGUAAUGGGAUCAGCUUGAAACCGGCCAAAACUAACGACCGUAGUACGCCGGCGUUCAUCAAACAAGCAAACGGUGUACGCGAUGAUAAUGAUGAUAAUACGUCGUCCGUGUGCUACGAUAAAUCUACCUCCAUAGAUGAGAUGAAGGAUGCGCUACAGGCCGAGCUGCGCAAUACGCUCAAACGAAAGAUCAAGAAACAAGAUCUGGAGGAAGGCGACGGUCGGAAGAAUGAAGAAAUCGAACGAUCAAUUGAACACACGCGCAAUGAGGUACAGCUUAAACUAAACGGCUCAUCACCGACGCCCGAUGCGCCCAAGGUUGACAACCCACUGAAAACCAUUGUUGAUAUUGUCGAUAAGGAGCGUGGAGUAGUGGUCGCUACCGCCAAACAGGCCGCCAGCCCUGUAAUGACACAGAAAAAACCUGCUUCGGUACCAUCAACUCCAACAGUCCAACCAAUUUUUAAUGGUACUUCCACACUGCGUAAGGUAUCGGCAGGCCAAUACCCUAAUCAAAAUGGAACCACCACAGUCAUUCAAAUUAAUUCUUCAACGCGAAACAAUACAACGCCAGUAGUUCCAGCAGCGACCACUAAAAUUAACGUACCGGUGAAUGCUUCGCCGGUUCUUGGUACUAACGCCGCUAAAGCAACCAAUGGUGAUGUGGGGCUUAAAAGUCCAGCGUCUGUCCAAGUGGGCAAAGUGAUCUCAAACGGAUCUUCGACUAUUCCAAAAGGUUCUACCUUAGUAUCGAGUGUACCUUCCAAUGUUAAUGCUAGCCAAAUUUUGUCUUCGGCAAAAGCACAGCCUGAUCGUACCAACACGGCAUCAGUUAGUCCUGUAAAAGUGGCGAAUGGAAGCCUUCCUUCAGGUGGUGUAGUUUCCAAUGCGAACGGGACCGCAUUGAAGAAUAAUAGCUUCCAAUCGAAGUUACCUCCAACGAGUCCGGCAAACGACUCCAACAAAACUGGUGGAGGAAUUUCCUACUCGCACACCCUCCCUAGGGCAAAUGGGAUAUCUUCCUUCAAGCCCCUACCCAAAACAUCGACAGGAGCUGUUCCGACCACGUACACUAGCUCCGUGAAAGUAACUAUUGGCAGUUUUGGAGAUAGUGCGCGUUCUACUUCAGGCAGUCCUGUAUCACGGAACGGUACCUACACCAAAUUCGAACCACUUACUAUCGACACAUCUUCUAAUGGUGGUUCCACCAACGGCACCUCGUCACCGACAACUCCCAAGGAAUUGCUCUCGCCCCAAGUAAGAAGUGGGGCAGCAUCCAUACGUCCCUCCCAGAUUCGAACGCUAACAAAGUCGGGUAGCGUUGUCAGCCACACAGAUAUCCUGGAAACAUCGAAACCGGUCACAAAGUUACCGGUCACGUUGGUUGAACCUGCGCCAGUACUUACCGCUGCCGCUGCCGUAUCACCACCUCCCAAGGCAUCUGCCAAUACUGCACCACUUCCAACUCCGCCCGCUAAAGAGCGUACGCCACUCUUCGAAAAGGCGAACAAAGAUGCACCGAAGAGUCCAUUGAACCGAUGGGCAGAAAGUGGUUCAAUUUCGGGUGGAACUGCACGCAAGCUGCUGCUCACACACGGUCGACCGAACUUCACGAUUAAGCGUUCGAACUCGCGGCAAGGUUUCGAUGUGGAUGAACCGGACAUGAAGGGUGAAUACGUUAAACCCGUGUUUCGCAUUCUAACCGAUUUGGAGAAGAUGGAACAGCAGGAUGACAAUAGUCGUCAGCCGCAGCAGCAGCAGCAGCAGACAAGUCAGGUCGUGGCGAGUCAACCACAACAAACGUACGUUUCCUUCGCGAAAGAUCUCUCCAACGCACCGAACAAUCAUCCUGAUUUGGUCGCUGUGACUAAACCGAGCACCAGCUCCAAUGCUCCAACGGAUCCAUUCCUAGCAAACCUGAAGGACAUUAAGAUUGACAUUAGCGAGAUGAAGAUAGUUAACGCGAAGAACGCAUAGGUGGGGGAUCCGCACGUUCGCUCUACAAUAUCGCCUAAACCAGGAGCUUGUAGCAUAGAAACACACCAUUUAUCCGAUAGCUGUUAAUGUAAAAUGUACUAUGUUUUGUCUAAUGUUAUCUUUAUAAAUAAAUAUUACAAAAUGUA